UGGGCUGAGACCGACUCCAAUUGUCAUUAGUUCGGAGAAUGAUUGUGAAUGAUCAGAAUUCCAAAUUUCAACAUGCACUCCAAAUCCAUCUCUUCUCUAUCUCCUCUAAAUUCCCCUCCAAAAUCAAAACCCACCAAAACCAUUCCCAAUCACACACUUUCUUGUAAACCCACUGAUCCAUUUUCCUCACCUUCAAAAAACUCCAAUGUUGAGAUAAGGGUGUGCACAAACAGGACUUGCAGAAGGCAAGGGUCUUUGCAAAUUCUUGAAACCGUUUUGGGAAUUUCACCUGCCCAUGUUUCUGUAACUUCCUGUGGUUGUCUCGGCCGCUGCGGUAAUGGUCCUAACCUUGUUGUAUUGUCUCCUGCAGCCAUGAUUAGCCAUUGUGGGACAGCGGCUCGUGCCGCUGAGCUCAUGGUUGAGGUCUGUGGUGGAGGGGGUGAUGAUUUUGAUCUUGGUAAGAGGAGCUUGGAUGCUCUGGCUUUUAGGAAGAGGGGUGAGGUUGAGUUUGAGAAGCAAAACUAUUCUGAAGCUGAAAGUUUAUUCUCUCAGGCUAUAGAAGCUAAACCAAUAGGAGGCAUUCAUAUUACGUACAAGGGCAGGUCUGCUGUAAGGUUGGCAUCAGGCAACUUAAGUGGGGCUCUUGAAGAUGUUAGAGAAGCUCUUGUAUAUGCCCCAUUGUAUGCUGAGGCUUAUAUUUGCCAAGGCGAUAUUUUCAUAGCUAUGGAUCGACUAGAAGAUGCCGAGGAGUCGUAUGCCAUAGCUUUGAACUGUGAUCCUUCUCUCCGUCGUUCAAAAGCUUUUAAGGCUCGACUUCAGAUGCUUCAAGAGAAAAUGACUUCUGUAGCCAUGCCUUGACUAGCCAAGAAUUUUGCUGCAGUGACUGAAGAUGGAUAUUUUCUUUCUUUCAGAAACGCUGACUGAGGUAUAGCUUCCGUAUGCAUAUCAAUGAAGCUGAACUUCUGAAAUACCUAUAAAUUAUCUGGAGUAGUCAUCUGUAAUGAAGCAUGUGAUAGUGUAGCAUGUGCUAAUCCAAGCAGCUCAAUCAAGGACUCAAGCUGCACAGCUAGCAGAUGCAACCGAUCCGAGCUACUGGUUUACUCUAAGCUCCUAUUGGCUUUUAUUAAAUCACACUGCUCAACUGAUUAUAGUUAGUUAUUAUGACUUAUGAUAAGACAAGGACCAAGUUGUGUAACUACUUAUCAGAAAAAGUCUUUUAAGAGAUUAUUACCUCUUUCAUUCCAGGUGUAUAAAUAAUGAUCAUACUUGCUGUAUGCCUGCAUUCAUAAUUCUCAUGCUUAAUAAAUGAGCUUAAUUUCUCUCUGCA